UUUCUACUGCUCACUGGUCCUCUCACCUAACAAGAGGUACUCCUCCAUUAGGAGUCAUGGCCUACUCCUGUACCACCUCUCAUUCUAAUAUUUACUAUUUCAGUGGAUGGUGUGGUCAUGAUGACUGUUUCCACAAUACAUUGAAUGUACUGAAUACGAUAAAGAUGGAGUGGACUUCAUGCAGUAAUGCUGAACAGUCGUUGAUGAAGAAAGGCUAUGCUGGAAUGAUAUCACUGGAAUUUGAUGGAGCAGAAUACCUUGUCAUAAUAGGAGGGAUUGGUUCUACACCAACUGUUUACCAUCCUCAGUUUCAAUAUGAUCAACUUAAUAAUGGUCGUGUUCGUACUAAUGAACAGUUACUUUAUAAUGUGUCCACUGGACAAUUCACUGUUCCAUCUGUCAGUGGACAGUGUUGUCCACCAACUGAUUCUUUCAUAAUUGAGAAGAUUACUACUACCGGUAAUAGAGGAGUAAUGUUUGGGGGUAUGGUGACUGUUAAUGGUGAUGAGAGUACAGUUACUAACAGUGUUUACAUAUUCAGUGUGACACAUAGUAUAAUAAACUGGGAGAUACUGAAACCAGGAGCAAUACCUAAUGAGGGACUGUGGCCUAUGCAGAGAGCUGAUCAUGCUAGUGCUAUUAUCAAUGGUGACUCUACCUCACCUACACUAGUAGUGAUUGGUGGACGGGAUAAGAAGAAUCAACUAGUAACUGAAUGUUUGUUAUUUGAUAGUAUCACUACUGGUCAGUACAGUUGUAGGAAGAUUCCUCUACCUGAAUCUGUCACUGGUAGAUACGAUCACUCACUCACAGCAGUCACAAUGUCACCACACUGUGUGUGGCUAGUAAUUGUUGGAGGGUGUAAUGAGAUUGAAUGGGAAGAUGUUGGAGGAGGAAAGAAGGAGCCAAAGAUAUGUACAUUAUUUGUAAAUUUCAGUUCCUAA